CUCCUGGCCUUCGGGCAGAGCAAUGGCAUCUGCCUGGGCCACGCCGUCCUGGCCAUCAACGGCGCUGACGUGAACAGGCGCCCGACCGCCUACAGGAAAGACGUGCAGGAGUUCCUGGGCAACCCGGCCAACUCCCCGGUGGCCAUCCGCUUCAGCCGCCUGUGGCUCUCCUCCAACAAGAAGCUGAUGAUGGCCUCCAUGUUCCACUCUCUCUUCGCCAUUGGGUCGCAGCUCUCCCCCGAGCAGGGCAGCUCCGGCAUCGAGGUGCUAGAGACGGACACCUUCAAGGUGCACUGCUUCCAGACGCUGACAGGGAUGAAGUUCGUGGUGCUGGCCGACCCGCGGCAGUCCGGCAUCGAGGCCCUCCUGCACAAGAUUUACGAGAUCUGCUUGGACUUUGCCCUGAAAAACCCCUUCUACUCUCUGGAGAUGCCCAUCAGAUGUGAGCUCCUUGAUCAACACUUGAAACUUGCCCUGGAGGUGGCAGAGAAGGCCGGGCUCUUUGUCCCAGGGUCAUAGGA